UCCUGCUAUAAGAUUCACGAAUUAUAUGAGUCAGUUUGGAUAACUUCACCCAACUUAGUAGGAUAGAUCUCGUUUGAUCCCAAGAACAAAAUGUCUAUUGAAAAUCCUAAAAAAAGUAUAGAUAAAAAGAUCACAACUUGGCCACAACAGUUAACUGCAUUUAUACUCUGCUUAGCUAUUAUCGGAAGUGGUCUCGCGAAUGGUUGGGCAUCGCCAUACUUGGCUCAACUGACAUCAACGGAAGCGAACAUGCCUUUGAGACUGACAGAUACCGAAGCAUCCUGGGUAGCAUCCCUUUUAAAUCUUGGUCGCUUCGUCGGGGCUUUGCUCAGUGCACUGUGUCAAGAAUAUAUGGGACGAAAAAUAGUGCUUCUAUUUAGUGCACUACCAAUGACAAUCAGUUGGAUAUUCAGUAUAUGUGCUACAUCGGUCAUAUGGCUUUACAUCUCUAGAUUCUGUUCAGGAAUCGCAUCAGGAAUGAUAUGGUCUUCAAUAUCUCUAUAUCUAAGUGAAAUUGCCAAUCCCAAAAUUCGUGGAUCACUGAUAUCCAUGAACGUGAAUGCAUCUUCCAUUGGUAUGUUCUUGGGCAAUGCAAUGGGUCCUUAUCUGUCCAUGGAGAUGUUCGGGUACGUGAGCCUCGUUCCGAAUAUCCUCUUCAUGAUCCUCUUCAGUUUGAUACCUGAAUCGCCAUACCAUUACCUCUUGCACGGGGAUAUCGACAAGGCCGAGGCAUCCUUGAAGUGGUUUAGGCGAGAAGCUGACGUCAAAGCCGAGAUGCAAGAUCUUCAAGAAUUCGUCGACGGAGCUGAAACUAAUAUUUUCCUAAAGUUGAAGGAGUUCCUCACACCAAGUAAUUUAAAGAAACCUUUCAUCAUAAUUGGUCUCUACUUAUUCUCCUAUGUAAGUGGAUACAGUGCCGUGAACUCUUACACAGAAAUAAUUCUAACAAAAAGUAAAAUUAGCAUCACACCUAGUUUAAUAGUGACAAUUCUUGCAUUGUCUACGAUUUUUUCAGGUUUGUUAGCUACAUUAUUAAUUGAUAAAUUAGGUAGACGAUAUUUAUUAAUAAUAUCCAGUACAGGAACAUCAGUAUCCUUAGCACUUUUAGGAUUGCAUUUCCAUCUUCUUUCAUUAGAAUAUGAUUCUAAAAAUUUGACAUGGUUACCGAUCAUUUCUUUAUUAAUGUUUAAUCUAUUCAUUUAUUCUGGAUUAAUGCCAAUUCCAAACACACUUUUAGGUGAAAUGUUCAAUGCAAAAUUGAAAAACAUAGCUUCAUUAUUUAUAAGUUGUAUGAACGCUUUAUUAUCUUUCGCAAGUACAAAAACUUACCAGCCUUUUUUAGAUUUGGUUGAUGAUAAAUUUGUGUAUUGGACAUAUAGUAUUUGCCUAUCACUUUCAAUACCAUAUAUUUAUUUUUUCAUCCCAGAAACAAAAGGCCAAAGUCUUUUACAAAUUCAACAACAGUCAAUAAAAAAAUAAUAAUACAUUAAAAAUUGUUAAU